AUUUUUGAAUAAAUAAUUAUUAAUUUUUAUUUAAAAAAGGCAAGACGUCCGUGAUGGCCUAAGUAUUCGAUCCCCCACGCCACGCGCCUGCGUCACCAUCAUUACUCACAUACACUCACAUUUUCUCUCUCCUCUGUCCCCCUUUAUAUAAACCCAAUUCUCUCUCACCUCUUUUGCCUCACUACCCUUUCUCAACCCUAUUAUUUCUCAUCUCAACAAACUACUCUCCGUGGCAUUUUCGUAAUUUCACUUUACUCCAAAAAAAAAAUACUAUGACUACUAAACGAUUCCGAGAUGACUCGGCCGAGUCCGAACUCGACUCGUUCGAGGUCAAGAAACUCAGGGAAGAGUUCCUUGGUUUUCUCGACGAUUCCGACCCUGACCCUUCGACUCAAGACCUUGCCUCCGUUAUGAAAAGCUUAGAGGAAGAGAUUUCCGCUCCUUCUUGUUCCGUUACCCCAACUCCGGCGCCGGUUGUAGAUCUGGCGUCGGAAUCUGGCGAGUCUCAACCGGAUCUAGGUUAUCUUUUAGAAGCUUCUGAUGAUGAGCUUGGUUUACCGCCUUCUAAUUCUGGUGAAGAUGUUUUGAAGGAAGAAGAGACUGAGUUGGUCCGAGUUGAGUCUGGUUCUUCUGGAAUCGGUGAGUUUUUGGGGUUUGAUGAACAAGUUCCGAGUUACGAUUCUUUUGAGUUUGGAACUGGUGAUAACUUUAAUGAAAGUAACGAUUUCUUGCCCUUUGAUGGGUUGUUCGGUUUUUCCGAUGUUUAUUAUGAUUCCGCCGAUUUCUCCGAUUUGUCAUGGCGGUCGGAAACUUUGCCGGCGGCGCAAUAGUACAGUUUGAAAAAAAAAGGAGAAAAAAACUGUUCUUUUUUUGUUGGAACGGAAUGUAAAACGACGUCGGUUUGUAAAUUUAGCAAAACGUGAUAUGUAGGAUUAGACUGAUAUUUAAAAAGAAGGAAAAAUAUGGCUUAACACGUGCGAA